CCCUGUAUUGGAAACACGACAGUCGACAUCCUUGACUCCAGCCAAAUGGAACGUGGACUGCUCAAUUAGUAGCUUCGCACGAGCUCCCAGACUAUAAAGUCACAAGUUUCGAAUCUUCGUUGAUUAAGCUUGAUCUUAGUCCAUCUUGACUUGGCAAGCCAAUUGACGAGUUAAACUGCUCCGUCACCAUGGCUUCAAAGUUUCUUUUGGCGAUUGUUCUCGGCACCAAGCUUGCUCUUGGAGCGACUGCUACGUACGCCUCAAGGCCUCCUUUCUCAACCAUCGAACCCUCUGCUUCAUCAAUCAUUGCCGCCGAACCAAGCGCAACAGCUCUGUCACCAACUUCAAAUGUCCCAGGUGUGGCAUUUGACAGAAUUGUGCAAAUCUGGUUAGAAAAUACCGAUUAUGAUAAGGCUUCUACAAAUUCGGAUCUGCUUUGGCUUGCCAGUCAGGGUAUUGCUCUAACGAAUUAUUAUGCUGUCACGCAUCCGUCUGAACCCAACUAUAUCGCAAGCGUAGGUGGAGACACUUUCGGCAUGGACAAUGAUGACUUCAAUCAAAUUCCUGCCAAUAUUUCUACUGUCGUGGAUCUGCUCGAUACCAAAGGCAUCUCUUGGGGCGAAUACCAAGAACAUAUUCCGUACCCUGGAUUCCAGGGCUUCAAUUGGUCAAAUCAAGUCACUUAUGCCAAUGACUACGUGCGGAAACACAACCCAUUGGUCAUUUAUGAAUCGGUUACUUCCAAUGCUACACGACUUUCUCUGAUUAAGAGUUUCGAUUCUUUCGCCUCGGAUCUUGCUGCCAAGACCCUGCCACAAUGGUCGUUCGUUACUCCUAACAUGACAAACGAUGGCCACGAUACCACAAUCGCCUUCACUUCCAGCUGGGCUCGCGGUUUCAUUGCCCCACUAUUAAAUAACAACUACUUCAUGAACAACACCCUCCUCAUCCUAACUUUCGACGAAGACGAAACCUACACAAACCACAACAACAUGUUCACCAUCCUCCUCGGAGGAGCAAUCCCCACCUCCCUCCACGGCUCCACAGACAGCACCUUCUACAAUCACUACAGCAUGAUCUCCACCGUUUCCCAAAACUGGGGUCUCCCCUCCCUCGGCCGCUGGGACUGCAAUGCCAAUGUCUUUGCUCUCGUUGCCAACAAAACCGGGCACACAAACACCGUUGUUGACACCACAAACCUGUACUUCAACUCCUCAUACCCCGGCCCCUUGUCCGACGCCCAAUACCUGCCAUCCUGGCCCGUUCCAGCUACGAACGCUAAAUGUCUCACCGGAAGCGUGCUAGGUAAUGUGGCGACCACGUGGGGAAAGUCGGAUGGUUCGUUUAACUAUACGAAUGUGUAUCCGUAUGAUCAGAUGCAUUUGAACGAUGUGGGUGGAUCGGCUAGUACGGCUGUGGCGUCUUCGACGAUGCCGAGUACCACGAGUGCUGGGUCGCCGAGUAGUACGUCUAGUACGCCGGCGUCGACGAGCUCGAAGAGUGCAGCGGCGGGCGUGGAGAGGGGGAGUGUGGUUGUUGCAUUUGCUGCGGUGGGAUUUGCUGCUCUGUUGGUGGGUUAGAAUUGAGGUGAAAGAUGGGAGUUGAGAUAUCUAGUUAAAUUAUAAUUGCGUUGCCCUUUGCGUCAAUCUUCGAAAAUAUAUUCCGACAUUCCUGAUGUUUGAAUGCCUAUCUCGACGUCCAUACUUCAUUUUCUCA